AUGUCUGCAGGACAUGCUUAACGUUUGUCUAUCUAUCCAUGUUAUUCUACUAAUCACUAGCAGGGUUGGUAUACAUAGAUGCACAGAGGCUCACUUCGCCGCAUCGACCAGCAGCUCUCUAUGAAUGACAGACUGCACUAGAAAAGCCUCACAGCCACAUUACCUGACCAGUCUGCGGAUCCCACGCGUACAGAGAGUUGUAUGUGGAGCAGUGUUCGUGCUGUCCCACUCGGGUUUAGAGAGACAGUCUCUGUUGUAGGAACAGUUUUUCGUAGUUUGCGUGCUGUCUGUUUUCCAACGUUCUUCCAUCCUCAGUGAUCAAGAAGACCCACCAAAGGAGCUUAUUCUAAAGGAGAACACUCCUUUCAUCAGAUUUUUCGUCGGAAGAGUCUCUUGCAACCUUUCCAUCCCUCCAUUGUUUUUCUUUGGUUGAUCAUUAUGUGGGAGUUCCGGUCCAUGUCGUUCUGGCGGGCGGUCUUCGCCGAGUUCUACGGCACCAUGUUCUUCGUGUUCUUCGGGUUGGGCGCAGCCUUGCGCUGGACCACCGGGCCGCACAACGUUCUCCACGUAGCCUUCUGCUUCGGGCUGGCCGCGGCCACACUCAUCCAGUCAAUCGGCCACAUCAGUGGAGGACACAUCAACCCGGCGGUCACCUUUGCCUACCUGAUCGGCUCCCAGAUGUCCCUGUUCCGUGCUUUCUUCUACAUGGUGGCCCAGUGUCUGGGAGCCCUGGCCGGAGCCGCGGUGCUGUACGGCGUCACCCCUAACAACAUGAGGGGCAACCUGGCACUCAACACGCUGCAGCCGGGCAUCAGCCUGGGCAUGGGCACCACCAUGGAGGUGUUCCUCACCAUGCAGCUGGUGAUCUGCAUCUUCGCCGUGACCGACGAGAGGCGCAACGGCCGCCUGGGCUCUGCCGCCCUGUCCAUCGGCUUCUCUGUGCUCAUGGGACAUCUUCUUGGGAUGUACUACACCGGAGCAGGAAUGAACCCAGCCAGGUCCUUCGCCCCUGCCGUCUUGGUCAGGAAUUUCGUCAACCACUGGGUGUACUGGGUGGGACCCAUGAUUGGUGGAGCCAUGGGAGCUCUGGUGUACGACUUCAUGCUGUUCCCCCGCAUGCGCAACCUCUCCGAGAGGCUGGCCACGCUGAAGGGAACCCGGCCCCCAGAGGCUGAGGGCCAGCAGGACCCCAGGGGGGACCCCAUCGAGCUCAAGACCCAGGCCCUAUAAGCCCGGGAACACCGAGAUAUCCA